AUCUUGCUUUUGCCCAUCCACCUCCUCUCUCAAGCAGCUAGGGCGGGGGCGCUAGGUGUCGCGUGUGUCUGAAAGGUUUUGGAUUGGAGACGCCGAGAGAAAGGGCAGUUUCGAGGAAGUGACGGACGAGGCUCAGGGGACUGGUCAGAGGAAGUUUGCUCGAUGGUGGUACCGUGCUGCUGAACGAAACUUUUGCCCCUUGAGCGCCAGCGGCACCGUGGAUCGGGACGGACGAACCCAGCGGCGGAGGGGAGCUUUUGUUUCCUCGCCACCCGAGCAGUACUGAGGAGUAACUUGAGGUUUGGGAAGGGGAAAAAACAGGGGAUCGCAGAGGAAUUUCUCUCCCGCAGUAGCCAAGCCCCCCUUUUUUUCUGCUCUUGCCCGCGCCUCCCCCGAUUUUCUUUCUGGGAUCCGCGAUGGGGAAGGAGCAGGAACUUCUUGAAGCGGCGCGGACGGGAAACCUGGCCGCAGUGGAGAAGCUUUUGUCCGGGAAGCGACAGUCCGCUGGCACCGGCAGCGGGUCAUCCGGGACCGGUGGAAGCGGCAACAGCGGCGGGCACGGCGCCUCCUCUCACCCGCUAUCCAGUCUGCUCAGUAUCUGGAGAGGCCCCAAUGUGAAUUGUGUGGACAGCACUGGAUACUCCCCUCUUCACCACGCUGCCCUUAAUGGACACAGCGAGGUGGUGGAGGUGCUGCUACGAAACGAGGCCUUGACCAACAUCGCUGACAACAAGGGCUGCUACCCUCUUCAUCUGGCUGCGUGGAAGGGAGAUGAACAUAUCGUCAAACUGCUCAUUCACCAAGGACCUUCACACCCCAAACUCAAUGAGCAGAGCUCUGUAAGCCAUAAAGAGUUCAAACGCUGUGGGCCCUUUGACCCCUAUAUUAAUGCCAAGAAUAAUGACAAUGAGACACCGCUGCACUGUGCCGCCCAGUAUGGCCACUCCCAGGUGGUGCGGCUGCUGCUGGAGGAGCUGACAGACCCCACCAUGAGGAACAACAAGUUUGAGACUCCACUGGACCUGGCUGCACUGUACGGCCGACUGGAGGUAGUCAAGCUGCUGCUCGUCGCCCACCCCAACCUGCUCAGCUGUAACACCAAGAAACACACUCCGCUGCAUCUGGCCUCUCGGAACGGACACCUCUCUGUGGUGGAAGUGCUGCUGGACGCUGGCAUGGACAUCAACUAUGAGACGGAAAAAGGCAGUGCCCUCCAUGAAGCAGCGUUGUUUGGGAAGACAGAUGUGGUACAGAAACUUCUCAGUGCAGGUAUCGACGUGAACAUCGUUGACCAGAAGGGCCUGACAGCGCUGGACACUGUCAAGGACAUGCCCUCCCAGAAGAGCAGAGCAAUAGCUGCUCUCAUCCUAGGUCACAUGACUGGAAAACCCCCUGACAUUGACCUCCCCCCACCACCAAUCCCUCCGCCCCAGGAGAGUCCCAGCCCGCGGAAAAAGGGUGAUCUGGAGAAGGUGAGUGAGUUGAUCUCGGGGCUGGCCCCGGGGCCUGAGGAAGAGAGCCCAUACGAGGCUCUGUUUGAAGCCACCUCAUGCCACUCUCUGGACAGCCUCGCCAGCGGCAAGUCCUCUGACAGGGACUCUGGUCGGCCAGAUAGUGAAGCAGGAAAGAAAGAUCGCCUGGUCCACUCAUCACAUCCUGGCCCUGGUCAUGACGAAGAGGCCCUGUAUACUAAUAGCAGUAUUGACGAGAGAGGCAAGCCGGUGGAGGAGGAAGAGGAUCACACAUAUGAGUUGUUGCUGACUGCACAGACCAAAGUCCCACCGCCUAGCCAGGAGUCUCGGUCCAAUAAAGUCGAGAACACCACUAUUCAGUCUUCCAACAGUGUCCUACCUCAGCGUAAACCCUCUACCCCAAACGACCUCAGAGCCCCAAGCAAGACGAGAGACUCCCUGCAACCUCCUGGCCGGGUGGGCCCUCGGGCACCUGGAGAUAACUCGCAGAUCAGCCAGGAUCAGGGAGCAGGUGUGCCGGAGCAGUUCACUGGCCUUUUGCACGGAUCCUCCCCUGUCUUCGACUGCCGUGAGGAGCCCUUCAAACUUCCGGGUGUUCAGCCAUCCAGCCAGGGCCAACCAGACCCAAGAAAAAUUCCCAAAGUAAAAGCGGAAGUAGCAGCACCUUCACCACCACCUGCACCUGCACCGCCACCUAGCCGUCCCAGUAUGGCUGCCAUCCUGACAGACUGUGAUCCAAAAGCAAUUUAUGCAACUGUGAACAAGGAGCCCAGAGACUCAGGGGCUGGGGCAGUGUCUGCCGUUAGGAUGCGCCCUCCUGGGGACCUGAAGCUGGCACGCAGCCUCUCAAAGUCUGACUCUGACUUGCUCGUGUCGCCUCCUAGUGAGGAGGAAGGAGGACUGGGAAACCGUAGCGAGUCUGUUUCUAACUGUAGCACUGACAAGAAGAGGCUUGAGAAAUCUCCCUCUUUCACCUCAGAAUGGGACGAGCAGAAACUGACGACUUCUUCCACCACAAAACAACGAAGAUCUAAUUCCUGCAUCGAGAAGAUCAUGACACUGAUUGGUGCUGGCAUUGAUUUUUCCCGAGAUCAGCAAUAUGCUACACCAGCAGGUGCUGCAGGCCGGCUGCUGGACCAGCCUGUGGGAGACUGGCUGGAGCACGUGGGGCUGCCGCAGUACGAGAGCAAACUACUCCUGAAUGGUUUUGAUGACCUGCACUACAUGGGGAGCAAUGUAAUGGAGGACCAGGACCUGAGAGAGAUUGGGAUCACAGACCCAAGUCACAGAAAGAAGAUUUUGCAUGCAGCACGUUCGUUACCCAAGGUGAAAGCGCUGGGCUGUGACGGCAGCAGCUCCCUGUCCUCUUGGCUGGAGAAUCUGGGCCUACAAGAGUACUUGCACAACUUCCUGGCCAGCGGCUACCGCUCUCUGGACUGUGUCAAAAACCUGUGGGAACUGGAGAUUGUCAAUGUGCUAAAGAUCUCCCUACUUGGACACAGGAAACGCAUCAUUGCUUCCUUAGCGGAGAGGCCCUAUGAGGAACCUCCAGUCAAGCCUCCUCGUUUGUCUCAGAUCAGGUGCCAAGACCUGCCAGGAUCCAAGACCUCGUCUCCCCUCAGUCAGAUAGAAUCCUACACGGGACGCUCAAUGGACCCUCUGCUGCCAGUGGGAGAGCCGGGGAGGAAAAAAGUGCCAGAUGCUGAUUAUGACGUUACCCAAAGAUAUCGUAGUGAACGACAUAAAUCACAUGAACGGUAUGAAGAACGGCAUCGAGAGCCCCGUCUGACCCUGCGGCCGCCUAGUCUGGCAGCACCAUACGCCCCAGUCCAGAACUGGCAUCACCAACCUGAGAAACUCAUCUUUGAAUCCUGCGCCUACGAAGCCAAUUACCUCGGUUCCAUGCUUAUUAAGGAUCUACGGGGUACUGAGUCAACGCAGGACGCCUGUGCCAAAAUGCGGAGGUCAACAGAACAAAUGAGAAAAGUCCCUUCCAUCGUCCUCUCGAUCACCUACAAGGGUGUGAAGUUCAUUGAUGCAGCCAGUAAGAACAUCAUCGCAGAGCAUGAGAUCCGAAAUAUUUCGUGUGCAGCCCAGGACCCAGAGGACUUGUGCACAUUUGCCUACAUCACCAAGGACCUGCAGACCAGCCACCACUACUGCCACGUGUUCAGCACAGUAGACGUGAACCUGACCUAUGAGAUUAUACUGACACUUGGCCAGGCGUUUGAGGUAGCCUACCAGCUGGCUCUCCAGGCCCAGAGGACCAAACAGCACCAGAACCUCCCAGUGGGAUCCGGUGCAGAGGUUGUUGAGACCAAGUCAAGUCGACCUGUACCCAAACCACGAGGCAGUGUAAGGAAGUCAGGGGACUCUCCUCCUCUCGACAGUCGUUGCUGUUACUGUUACACCUGCACCACCCACCGUCCCUCCUUCCUACCGCUGCACUCUACCAGCCCUGCUGCCCAGGGGGACACAGUGGAGCAGGAGGGGGAUUCUCAGUCCCAGGGCAGUGCCAUGUGGCUCGGGGACCCCAAGGAAUCCAAGCGCACUAUCAGUACUAAGUACGAGACCACCAUUUUCUGAGUGGAACCCCUCUUCCUCCUGACCUCUGACCUCUGGGUCCGGUCUCACCCCUCUUCCUUUCCCCCCUUCUGUGUGCCUUUCACUGUGACUCUUCCUCUGUCCCUCUCUCUGGGCUAGGCCCCUGCCCUCUCCGGUCUCCCCUCAGCCAUCACUUGUGUCUCCAUCUGAAAACAACACAACCUGCGGCAGUUAAACAAUACUUUUAUUUCUCUCUUAUGCUAAACCACCACUACUCCUACACUAGUUAUUGCUUAGUAGUGCAACCCUUCCACUUUAUCAGCUAUCUUCUAGCUGGCAUCACUCCCAACCUUUUCUGUUUUUCUCCUCUCUGUUUUACCCUGUAUGCUUCCUUAAUUCUGUGUACAAUGCUUCCUUUUUUCCCUCUCGUCAACAUCCCACUAUUGACUCUUGGUGAUAAGCUCUUUUUUUUUUUCUUGAUGCUUUUCCUGCUCCAUUAGGCGACGGCCACUCUGAGGCUUUUCACUCUGAUCUUUCAACUCCUGACUUCUCCCUUGAGUGCUGAGAAAAUCUGAUUUACCACAGCCAAGAAUGACCCACUGCUCACAUCCUGUACCUGGAUGGACAUGUUUCCUGAGGAAACUGAGACACUGGUUCUGUAAUUCUAUGCGUCAGGUGGACUUUAGCGGACUGUUUCUGUUCAGUGGGAUUCAGAGGUUGUGGUGUUAACUGAGGUUACACCGGGGGAUAUUUUUCACUGUCAGCAGCCUGCUCAAAGCCAAAGGAGGCUAAGAUCCUAGCACUGUGAUAAAGUCCUUACGGAGCUAAUUAGUAAGCAUUUUGGGGGGGUUUCUAGAGGGGAAAAAGGGGGGGAACAGAAUAGGGCAUAGAGGCUGAUCUGGACCCGCAUGUAAGUGGUCCUUGCUGCUCCAGAAAAUAGAAAGUCCAAACCUUCUUAGGACUGGCAUACCCUCCUCUGUUUAUCAAUCUGAGCUCCCGGAUAUAAACCUGAUGCUUCCUCUGGAGUGAACUAACUGUAACUAAGCACUUUUACCAAAUCCCCAAGUGUGUAAGAAAAAGUGCAACUUCCUCUGUCCUGUCUUUUUUUCUUCUUUUUUUCACAACAAAUGCCUUCUAUGUUCAUCCUGUCAGCAUUGCCUUUCGUUUUGUCAAUCACACCAGGUUAAUAUUUCACGGCUGCUGGUAAAAAGAGUUAAUCAUUGUAAAGGGAGGGUUAUCUGUCACCAUCUGGCUGUUUGUGCCCAUUAGUACCGUGUCAUUUUUUUCAACUUUAUUUUAACCUCACUGCUUUGUGUGCGUGUGUCUAUGUCCCUUCCCUAUAGCUGAACACUGGUGGCCACUCCCCAGCCUGUAAGAAAGGACAGAAAUGAGCCCUGUUGCAUGGUGGCGUGAGAUAUUUUUGUAAGGAAAGUGACCCACUUCCCAUGCGGCAGAUCGCGCCACCAGUUUUGGAUCGUGCUCACCACAGUAACACACGGGCCUGGAGACAAACGGACGCAAAGCUUUGAGCACUGCAAGGCCCACCAGUUCUGACCUCACCGACUUCAUCACUCCACAUGCACACACCCGCCUCCAUUUAGCUUCCUGUCCUUCAGAAAGUGAUGGUUGUGCCAGUCAGAUGUAUUUAAUAUGCUUUAUGGGUUUCCUGUGGAAUGAAUUGUUGCCUGCUGACACCUAUCAGGCCUCCCUCACAGAGAGUUAGUGUUUACUCUUUCAGGGAAUGUACCUGCAAUGUUUCCAUGCAGAACUUGUAGUUAAAGGGGAAGUGGCUAAGAUAAGGAACUUUAUUGGGUUGUUUUUUUUGUUAUUGUAAUACAAAGGUACAUCAGGCAGAGACCCUCACACUGUAGGUACACAUCCCUUACUGGAUUUUUCGUCCUGUAUCCACACAUUGUAGCUUCUCAUCUACAGCAUACAUGUAUAACUGUGAUAUACAAUGUAAUCUUGCACGGGAGGAACCAAACUCAAAGGGCAGAACUGACACUACAAAGACUGUUUUAUAAGAAUAAUAUAAGAUGGGGUGGCUCUUAUCUGAAAGUUUUCUCUCUUUUAUGUUGUCUGUUUUAAUUGUAGAACAGUUACAUGUCCUAAUGCUGGAACUGGAUCAGGUGUGGUUCACUGCAGUUCUCUCUCUCUCUUGCUCCCUCCCUGUUCCUUUGUUCAGUUAAUCAAGACAAGAUUAUUCACCAAACCUGCCAUGCAGGCUGGUAUGUAUUUAAAAUUCAACUGGAAAACAGAACAACAGGGCACAGCAUGUUUCUCUUAGCUAACUCCCAGUAUGUUGACUGUUAAUGGUACUGCUCGUCAGCCAAUGUGUAUAUGAGUACAUAGUCAGGUUGUUUUGGUUUAACUGUUGUAUAUGUGGUACGUUUUCAGGCCAGUACGAUAACUCUAUGGUACACUGUCUUCAGCUCGCUGGCGUCGGCACCUUCAGCCAUCAGCCCGGUCCCGUUCUGCUUUUGCACAUUGCUAUGGAUCAGGAGAGAUAUUUUGGGACUAAUCUGAUGACAAUGAUGAGAAUGAUAUUGUACAUGAAUCUAGCUGUCUGUAUUUUGAUACUUGAAUGAUUUUUGCUUUUAUAUAUAUCUCUAUAUAUAUGUAUAUGUAUGUAUGUACGUAUGUAAUUUUUGACGUUGUCAAAAGAGAGAAAAGGACUAUGUCUUAUAAAGUUAAACAUAUCGUGAAUAAACACCCUGUGAUUUAAAAAAAUAAAUAAAAGGCUGAGAAAAUAAUGACUCAGAAGAGGACCUCACUUCAGAAAAAAAGAUUGUAAAUAAUCUUGGGCUUCCAGUCUUUUUUAUGAUUAUUUUUCAUAAUUGUACAACUAAUAAAUGGCGCAAUUAGACAUGC